AAGGUUUGAAAACUGUGGAGAGAAGGAUACAUGACAACAAACAACUGUUAUUUAAAGGCAACGGACACUAUCGGUUGGACUCUUCCGUUGACACUGACUUCCUACUAAAAGAAGUUGUUCCACCAAUGGGCUAGUCUAGGUUCCACUCAAACGUAAACAAACACUACAGACACACGUGACAAAGUGACACAGGAUCGGAAUGUCAGCUAAACCAGCAUGCGAAACAGGUCUUUCUAGCCGGCCGUAAAGUUCACAAGUACAUGUACAUUUAAACGGGUGCUUAAACAGGAGCAUGAUGGAGCGGACAGAUGACAAAUAUCCCUACAUCAUCAAUCAUGAUUCUAGGGAUGUUGCAGAACGAACCAGACUGCACCAAGCAGCAAGCAAUGGGCAGCUACAGGUCUUACAGUGUCUCAUCCAAGAAGGGUCCAGUGUGAAUUGGACUGUCAAUGGUGUCACCCCUUUACAGGAUGCUUGCCAAGAAGGGAAAGUAGACUGCGUUAGAGCACUCAUUGAUGCAAAUGCCCAGUUGAAUUGCAUGGAUAUCGACUGGCAUACUCCCCUGACUCGUUCAUGUUCUCAAGGACACCAAGAUUGCGUUCAACUUCUCCUUCAGUCAGGUGCUUUACCCAAUAUCCACCUUGGUGAAAGGUUUUCACCACUUCACUGUGCAGUAUUCUCAGGAUGUAUCGACUCCACUAACUUACUCUUGCAAGCCGGAGCAGAGGUAGAUAAAUUGGACUACAACAGAUCUGGGACUCCACUGCAUGCAGCAGCAAAUGGCCACCAGACAAUGUGUGUUAGGGCACUGCUACGAGCAGGUGCAGAUAUCAAUACUGUUAGGCCAACAGACAAUAAAACUCCUCUCCAUGUAGCAGCAGCUGUGUCUGCACCAGCAGAAAUGAUCACUUUGCUCUUACAACAUGGGGCUAAUAUAUAUGACCUAGACACAGAGGGCAAGAAAGCAGUAGACUUGGCACCGAUGGAUAGCCAGGCUUAUGGUGUUCUCAAACACUAUGCAGAAAAUGCCAGAUUACUGAGCGAGCUGUGCAGGGAAUGUGUUCAUCAACAUCUCAUAUUGGAUGAAUCCGUCAACUCACUACCUCUUCCAGAAAGACUCAAGGAGUUCCUUCAAUUCAAAUUAUAAGAACAUCAUUUUUCAGUGCCUUUAAAGAUUUUCUUGCAAUGAAUAAUUUCCUCCUUGUGCUUCCAUCCCUGUGCUUCAUUAAAAUACUUUUAGCAAUUUUAUUUUCACGGUAUAUUUUAGAUGGAAGGUUUAUUUCUUUACGGUUGAUCAAAUUGAAACAAGGUAGUGUACCUUUUCAAAGAAUGUUAGGUAAACAAAUGCUUGGUAAAACCUUUCCAGAAACACUAUUUGCUCGUUGUAACUGGAGUAACUAUGCAAUACUGAAAUGCCUGUCAGUAAUUUGUUAAAUAUUUAUAGUUUUUCUACUGAUUUGAUUAGUUAUACUUUUAUGAAACAUAUUGGGAUAAUCAUUCAUCGGGGGAAACACUGCAGUAAUAUUUCGAAUUUUUGUUUAAUGUGUGUCUUACAAAGAUGGCAGAAGUAUGAUACGUUAACAUCUCAUUGUUAAACCUUAUAAUACCAGAAAAGUAUUAAGUUAAAUACAUGUACAGUUUGUGUUGAAGAUUUGAUUUUUACUACGGUGUGUGAAAUACUGCUUGCUGAUCUCAUUUUUUAUGUAGGAGUAUUAUUUUGAAAUGUACUUAAAAAACAUAUGUGGUCAAUGAAUAGUGUGUUAAUUAAUGGUGCUAUUUUUUUUAAAGAGGCAAGUAUUGGUGACUGUAUUCAACUCUUUAUAUGACUUUCAAAUUAUAUUACAAUUUAGUUAACUUUAUACUGCAGUCUUUGAAUGGUGUGAACUAAACUCUGUGGACUGAUGAAAAGUUCCUUUCAAACAAAUGUCACAAACGACUCUAAAGGAAAUGUUGGGCUGGAUAAAUUCUGCAAUCUGUUCUUAGUAAUGCAACCAUGCAACUCUUGAAUAAAUAAUACCAUGUUGGACUUUA